AUGGUUCUGCCCAUGUCGCGGGCGACGAGGCUGGUGCCGGAGCUGCCGCUCCUGCGGCGGGGCAGGCGCCCGCAGGUGGCGGACGCCGGGAACGAGGAGGAGCUGGCCGUGCCGGCGCACUUCCGGUGCCCGAUCUCGCUGGAGCUGAUGAAGGACCCGGUCACGGCGCCCACGGGGAUCACCUACGACCGGGAGAGCGUGGAGGGGUGGCUGGCGCGGGGCCGCGGCACGUGCCCCGUCACCGGCGGGCCCGUGCGGCUCACCGACCUCGUCCCUAACCACGCCACGCGCCGCAUGAUCCAGGACUGGUGCGUCGCCAACCAGGCCGAGCGGGUGCCCACGCCCAAGGUGCCCGUCGCCGAGGCCGACGCGGCCGAGGUGCUCGCCGCCGUGUCCGCUGCCGCCAGGCGCGGAAACGCGGCGGCCUGCGGGCUGCUCGCCGCCAGGGCCAGGGCGAUCGGCAAGGAGAGCGACCGCAACCGCCGGUGCCUCGCGGCUGCCGGCGCUGCCCGCCAGCUCUCGUCGGCUUUCCAGAGCCUCGCCGGAGAGCCCGUGGAGGGCACCAGCGCUGCCGUCUUGGGCGCGCUGGGGAAGAUCUUGGCGGCUCUUACCGUGUUCUUCCCGCUCGACGACGAGGCGCGGCGCUGCAUUGCCUCACCGGCGUCCCUCAAGACCCUCGUCUCGGUGCUCUCCCACGGCGACCUCGCCGCGCGGGCCAGCGCCGCCAUCGUCCUCCGCGAGCUCGCCUCGUCCGCCGACCGGCACACCGUCGACAUCAUCUCGAGAACGCCCGGCUUGUGCAGCGCGCUCGUCGGCCUCGUCAGGAACCCCGUCUCCCCGCAGGCCACCAAGGCCGCGCUCGUCACGGCCUACUACCUCGUCUCCGGCAGCGACCGCGCGGCCGCCCGCUUCGCGGAGCUAGGUGCGGUGCCCGUCGUGGCGGAGCUCCUCGUGGACGCCGACAAGGGGACGAGCGAGAAGGCACUGGCCGUGCUCGACAGCGUCCUCUGCGCCGACGCCGGCCUCGAGUCCGCGCGUGCGCACGCGCUGGUCGUGCCAGUGCUGGUCAAGAAGAUGUUCCGCGUGUCCGACAUGGCCACGGAGUUCGCCGUCUCCGCGCUCUGGCGCCUCUGCCGCGCCGCGGACGCCGGCGCCGGCGCGUGCUGCGCCGAGGCGCUGCGUGUGGGCGCCUUCCAGAAGCUGCUCCUGCUGCUCCAGGUGGGCUGCGGCGGGGUCACCAAGGACCGGGCCAGCGAGCUGCUCAAGCUGCUCAAUGGCUUCAGGGGCAGCGUAGAGUGCAUCGAGACGGUGGACUUCAAGGGGCUCAAGAGGCCAUUUUGA